AUGAACAAUUGCACGUAUAGUAAGCGCCGAGCGACAUCCCCGAACAUCUGCUCGCCGAAGGCGAAGACGCCAAGGAGCCCAUCCAUCAUCUGGCGGGAAUUUCAAAAAUUGCCGGGCAGCGGUAUGCAGUGCAGGCGAUGCGCGACGAAAUACUCGGGAAAUGCUACGACCAACGCGCUGAGACACUUGGAAAUGAUACACCCCGAGGCCUAUGCUGAACUACGUGAGGAAGAGGCAGCCGUAUUGGCGAAACCGGCACUACAUUUCGAUGACCUGCAUUCGGACUACUUGUUCUACAUUGGCUUGGCGACAGCCAACAUCGCACCUGGAGCCAUUUUGAAUAAUCCCUAUCUUCAGAAGUGGUUUGCGCGUGCUAAGGUCACCUUGCCGUCCGUCGGCGUCAUCGCGCAUUCAAACUCGGGAAAACCGAGGGAAUUGCUUUUGGAUUUGGUUGAUGUCUCGAAGCAACGUCACACGGCAGUUUUCCUAGCAUCGGUUGUCCGUCAAGUGCUCGACGAUUAUGGGAUCAGCCCAGAUCAGCUAGUGGCUGUAACCACGGAUGGGGCUUCAUCUAAUAAGGCCACGGCGACUUCGCUGAAAGUGCCAUGUCUGAGCCCGGGGGCACCAUUGCCGCAGAAAGACUGCCCGACCCGCUGGUAUUCGGCGUACCAAAUGGUGGUUAGUGCUCUGCCGCAGCUGAUUUCGACGCAGGAAGUCAACGAAAUCCAGAAGAUCCUCCAGCCACUUUCUAUCGCCCACGAAUUGACCAAGAAAUUUUCUUCCGAACAUUCGACCGUCGUUACCCGCUUUCGAUUUUGGUCCUCAGCGAAACAACGUCUACGCAACUGUGGAACAAACGAAGCAGAUGGGCUGCUGAUAGCUUUGGAACAAUAUGAAAAGCACUUCACGGAUCACGUUUCCUUGGAGGGAGCAGUUUUUGAUCCCUACGUUUAUGGAAAACUUCUGGAUCCGGAAGAUUGGCGCCUAGCAGUUGAACGAAUAUUGGCGUCGGUAAAUGAUACCAAUCAAGGCCUCGCUGCUACUAUGGCGAGCCAUUCAACUGGUCCGGGCUUCGUCGAUGACGAUCUUUCCGUACUCGGAUUGUCCAUUCAGCCCACGCGAUCGGCGAUUGAGGUGGAAUUCGACCUAUAUAAGGCUACUUCUCUCGAUGCCGAGAAGUUGUCACCCUACGCUGGAUCGGUAGCAAAAUUCUGGGAUGCGCAGCGCUCAGUCGUCGCCUCGAGAUGCCCAACGAUGCCUGCCGCAUCAGUUGCUGUCGAGAGGGUGUUUUCUAUCUGUACGCGGCUGGCUUCGGACCCGAGACGGUGCCGCCUCCAUAACGACACCUACCAAGAAUUUGCGCUCAUUUCGUGCCAGAUCAGCUCCUUGAAGAACAUGUACCGUCGAGAGGCCGAUGAAGAUCGCCUCUUGCUCGAAGCCGAAAUGCUCGCUUUUGGCUGCGAGGUUGUGUCAAAUGAAGACGCCGACGCCGAAAGUGGCGACGAUGAUGACUACUUUGAGCAUGCCGAACAAGAU